AUGAAUGACACAACAAUAAAUAAUAAUACUCUUUUCGAUACUAACCGUCUUCAAGAUUCUAUAGAACAUAGUGUCCUAUUGGAUGUUUCCGACAACUGGACUCUAUGUUUGGGAAUUGAACUAGCUUACUUCUUACUAUUUAUAUUCAUUUGCUGGUGGAUUCACAAACAAGGCUACUUCAAGGUUGAUCAAGAUCGAAUCACAAUUCAUCAUCGAAUUCAUAAAGAUAUGAUUCAAAACCAAGAAAAAGCCUUCAUUCAACAACAGGAAGAAAUACUCUCCCCGAUGAAAUCUCUACUUACUCAACCCAUUAUGCAAUAA